AUGAGAGGCAGAUGGAGAAGAACCAUGUGAGACAAAGCCAAAGGGAGCGAUAGUCUUACACAGGAAGGGCAUGUGUGGAGAGCAUCGAUAGUCUUAAACAGGAAGGGGGAGCUGCGCAGUGAAGUAGCUGGACUUGGAGGAGCAGCGACCUUUAUUUGUUGUUUCAUAUUUACUGUUUAGAACGCAAGGGUGCAAGGUCUAGUGUUGCAAAAAACAAACACUGGGUAAAUGGAGACUGUGGAUGUGUGUUCCACGACUGCUACAGUUUGGGGUUGAUGGGGCUUGUCGAUCCACCCCAACGUGAAGCUCCACGGGCAUAUAUAUUUGGACGUGACGAGGCAGAGGCGCCCCUGGUCGGCUUUGGUGACUCGGGAUCGAGAGUGGCGAAGACAAACUCUGACAAGGAAAAUAAAAGGUGCUGCAUUGGAGGCGUGCAACUAAGCCAGAGAGAUGGCGGGCGGUUGCACGAAGCUCUCGUGCAAUCGACCCAACCAUCACCCUAAUCAUCGUCAUUCACUGGAAUAUAACAUCAGUUUCAACCGAAUCUAUCGCGCCACUUCACUGCAUGGCGUAUCACCCUUCGAGACCUUCUUUGUCGUUGAGCUUCCCAACGAGCCUCUAGAUAUCGACCAGCCAACCAGGUGCCCAGCAACGGAGGGCUGCAUCAUGGAGGAUGGAUUGACGUGGAAGGAAACGCUUGCGGGGACACUGUAUGCUCAAUUGAGCAGACGUCAAUGGGAUGGCAUGAAGACGACGCGGGAGAGCGCGCAUGGGCCCUUCCACAGUCGAAUGCAACUUAGCUUGGGUGAUUAGUACCUGUUCACAAAUCCUAGUCCACCUAAAUGUAUAGUCUCAAGAAUGCUAGAGGAAUCUGCAGACUACAUUUGGUUGGUGGGCUACUGGUGCAGGGUGCACAGAUGCAUUUGUACAAUAGUCCUCUCUCGGUGAAAUCCUGUUUCGACUAUGUCUAACUGCAUCAACACAGAUUUCAGGCAUAGUGUAGAAACAAGGUGGACGCAGGCCUUUGUGCAUAGAUUCGUUUAGAGGUACGUGUGAACGUGUUAAUUACGUUUCUAGUACUGUGCAGGGAGGGCGCAAUUUUCAGAACGAUUAGAAUAGAACUAUUGCCAAGCAUUUUGUUACAAAGCUCUCAUGAGGUUAAAAUCUUAUCUUUAAUAUCUAUUUUGUUCUGCUUAAAGCAUUAUAAUGUUA